UCUAUUCGUCCGAAAAAAUCCUCUCCGAACCCAUUAUCUUCCAAGGGACCAAGAAUCAAACGUGGGCUCAUCAGCUGUAGCACUCUCCCUCAUGUGCCCUUGAUUGCUCGUCUGCUGUCGGCGGUCAGGUACUGUUUUGUAGCAGCGACGUCUUCUAUCAGGUUAGGUCAUAGGGCACCCAAUGCUUGGUGGGUAUGUCUCAUUCAUGCAUUCGUUCACUUCCAGCUCGGAAGAAGAAGUUUGGUUUAGGCCUCCCCCAUAAUCCACUUAAGAGUAACACUAACUUGGUCCCCAACUUGUACGCAGAGAGACACAGGCACCCAACUAAAUUUGGAUCGUUUACCACUGCCUUUUUAAAUCGGAUUCGUAUACCAUCCUUGGGUUGGGUUCAGUGGAGGUCAAUCUCAAUCUUGCAUCCUUGUAUCCUUCAGGCUACAGGGGAACUUUGCACGCUACCCACUAAUGAACUGUCUGAUUCUGAUUCGUCCAAUGAUGCAAUUGGUCAUUUGGAGGAAUCCCAUGUUGAUUCUGAUGGGGAUGUUACUACCAAGACAAUUAGGAGGGUCUACCAAACACCAGUGGAUUUCACCAAAGUGAACAAGAAUCUGCUUCCAACUGUAGUUCUUAUUGGGCGUCCAAAUGUGGGCAAGUCAGCUUUGUUUAAUCGUUUAAUCCGGAGGCGGGAGGCUCUUGUCUACAAUACACCAUAUGAUCAUGUUACUCGUGACAUAAGAGAAGGCAUUGCAAAAUUGGGUGAUCUACGAUUUAAAGUUUUGGACUCGGCUGGCUUAGAAACGGCAGCAUCUUCUGGGUCUAUUCUUGACAGAACAUCAGGAAUGACUGCAAGUGUUCUUGCAAGAUGUCAGUUUGCUGUUUUCCUAAUAGAUGUGAGAGCUGGACUGCACCCCCUUGAUCUGGAGGUUGGAAGGUGGUUGCGCAAACAUGCACCUGGAACCAAUCUUGUAGUUGCCAUGAAUAAAUCCGAAUCACUUCUUGAUGGUAGUGGCUCUCUUAUGGCAGCUGCUGCUGAAACUUAUAGGUUAGGAUUUGGUGACCCUAUUGCCAUAUCAGCUGAGACUGGGCUAGGUAUGCAAGAUCUCUAUGGGAGUCUAAAGCCUAAGCUUGAGGACUAUAUGCUCCAAGUAUUAAACAAUGAACAAGGCACUGAAGAGACUAAUUUCAGUGAGGACGGCAGCUCCUGUGAGCUUGAGGAUAGUAAGUUGCAAUUACAGUUAGCAAUUGUAGGAAGACCCAAUGUUGGGAAGUCAACCUUGCUGAAUACAUUGCUACAAGAAGAACGGGUGCUGGUGGGUCCAGAAGCCGGUUUGACAAGAGAUUCAAUUAGAGCUCAGUUUGAAUUUCAAGGGAGAACGAUAUACCUGGUCGACACUGCAGGUUGGUUGCAGAGAACAAAAAUGGAGAAAGGACCAGCAUCCUUGAGCAUUGUGCAGACAAGAAAGAGUCUAAUGAGAGCUCAUGUAAUCGCUCUGGUCCUUGAUGCAGAAGAGAUUGCAAAUUCUAGAAGAAGUUUGAAGCAUGAUGAAGUAGUUAUAGCAAGACAGGCAGUUGAAGAAGGCCGUGGCUUGGUUGUAGUUGUGAACAAGAUGGAUCUAUUAAGAGGGAAGCAAUUAUAUGACAAGGUUAUGGAAGCUGUGCCCCAAGAAAUUCAGACCAUUAUGCCCCAGGUGACUGGGAUACCAAUUGUAUUCAUAUCAGCGUUGGAGGGAAGGGGUCAUGCAGCUGUCAUGCACCAGGUUAUUGAUACAUAUGAAAAAUGGUGUUCAAGAUUGUCAACAGCUCGUCUUAAUCGUUGGUUGCGUAAGGUUAUGAGCAGGCAUUCUUGGAAAGAUCAGGCUGCUCAACCCAAGGUUAAGUAUUUUACACAGGUGAAGGCCCGACCACCCACUUUUGUUGCCUUUGUGAGUGGGAAGAAAGAGCUCUCAGAAACAGACAUCAGGUUCCUAAAAAGGUCUUUGAAAGAAGACUUUGAUUUGGGUGGAAUACCAAUCAGGAUCAUGCCGAGGUCCAUCGAAAGGAAAGCUGUGAACGGCACUAGCAAGAGCGGCCAAAUUACUAAUAGACUGUCUGAAAGGAUGUUCUCUGACAAGAGAAAAGUGUGUCCGGUUGAAUGGCAUUUUUAACUCGACUAGAUGGCUAUGGUUGUCCUCUUCAAUCACAGUAAUUUUAGCCUCGUUAUGCUGAGACUCUAAUUAUCCAAUGGUUACAAUUUUGACCUUUAUUGCAGGAUGUAAUUUUCUUUAGGAGAAUUAUUUUAGUUGUAGAUUAUAUUUUUCGUAUUUAACGUGAAAUUCUUAGUUGAGUGGUAGCACAGUUGCAGGAGGGAAUGAGGUUUAAGUGUAUGUUUAUUUAGGGUUUAGGGAUUUUAUUUUGUGUUUUGACAUAAAAAUGAUAUUUAACACCAUUCCUUUUAUUUUUAUCCUUCUUUU